CUAGCAUCAGUUGUACUAAUUUUUUUGUCAUUGACUGACUUCCUGUACUCCAGGACUACCAAGAAUGAAACUGCAGCAUCAGGCACAAAGAUGUGAACAAUUAAAGAUUUAGAGUGGUUGUAGUCCUGUCGAGGUUCAGUUCUGAAGAGUCCAAUUUCAACUUUUUAAUUUCCUUUAUACCUAAAUACUAUAUUUUACUUAUACAAUAUAUACACUUAAAAUAUAAGCACCCGUGUCGCAGACCAAACAGGCUUGUCUGUUGUUUGCCCAUGGUGGGCUUACUCUGGGAAUUGGGGUGUUGAACCCAUGUGGGCUAUACCUAAAGGCACUCCAAUGCCCACAAUAAGGAUUAGUUAUGAUGUCCUGUUUGGUCCCCUGUGUUUUUAUCAUUUUAAUGGAAUGUGGAAGUUGUAAUACGUUUCACAGGGGCAGUAGUGGAACUAUAUCCAUUCCACAGAAGGUUUUGUUUCUGAGGGAACAUGGCAGAAGAGAAUAUUGGAGUGGAGUUUGUGGACAGGAAUAGAGCAGAGCUUAUUCAGAGGGUGACUACGAUAGAGCCCAUAGCUGACAGCCUGUUAGCACAGGGCAUGAUUCAGAAUGAAGAAUACUCUGAUAUCCGUGCUGCAGUCACCAGUCAGGAGAAGAUGAGAGUGCUGUACACAGUCCUGCAUUCUGGCGGAGCAGCUGUGAAAUCUGAGUUUUACAGGAUCCUAAGAGAUAAAAAUUCCCAUCUGGUCCAGGAGCUAGAGCAAGGUAGAAUGGGGAAUCACUCAAGGACACUGGAGUCAGAGGUGACACGUAUAAGUGACAACUACAAGGAAUCGGUCAGAGAUGAAUUCACAACCGUGCGAGAGUACAACUCCCGCCCAGGUGAGUACGUGCGGCUGGAAGAUCGAUACACAGAGCUCCAGGUGGCACUGCAGCAUCAGCAGCAGAGAGAGCGUGAGGAGGAGCUGCGACUCAGGGGAAGCCAUUUCUACGAGGCCAUGGAACAGAAAGGGAGUAAGCGGUUCAGGAGCACAUCAGUGGAAGAGCUCUUCGAGAAGGAUCAACAUGGAGAGGUGCAGAGGACUGUGGUUCUGCACGGCCAGGCGGGGGUCGGGAAAUCCUUCACAGCACAGAAGAUCAUGUGUGACUGGACCUCGGGAAAACUCUAUUCGGCCCAUUUUGACUUCGUAUUUCACCUCAGGUGCCAACAGCUGAAUCUAAUUGAUAACACAGUCAGUGUUGUGGAUCUGAUGGUGAAUUGCUGCGCAGACCUAGAGACUGCAGUUCCACAGAUUCUGACCCGCCCAGAGAGAAUCCUCUUUAUAAUUGAUGGUUUUGAUGAACUAAAUCUGACCUUGAUGGUACCAGGCAGCAGUUCUGGCUCUGAUCCACAAAAGAGGUACCCAGCUGAGGAGACACUGAGCAGACUCAUCGGCAAGCACAUCCUGCCCAAAGCCUUCCUCCUUAUCACCACAAGGACCAUGGCUCUGGACAAACUGGACCGUGUUGUGAAGAACCCAACGCGGUGUGCAGAGAUCAGGGGCUUUUCAGAGGAGGGAGUGAGAGAAUACUUUCAGAAAUUCUUUCAGAAUUCACAAGAGGCAGCACAAGCUUUUGAUCGUGUCCAGGCUAAUGAGUCUGUGUUCACAGCCUGCUUUGUUCCAGUUAUGAGUUGGAUAAUUUGCACGGUUCUGAGGGCACAGUCUGAGGACGGUACCGACACACCGCACGCGCUGGACACGACCACCUCCGUGUUCCUACACUUUGUGGACGUUCUGCUCAAUCACCACAGCCGGGAUCUGAAUUCACAAGAGCAGGAGUUCCUGCAACGCCUCGGCCAUUUGGCAGAAAGAGGGAUCAGGGAGAAUCGGGUCUUGUUCGAGGAGGAAGAGGUGAAAGAGCUUUUUGCAGGUCUUCCCGAAGUGCCAUCUUCCUUUCUGAGUAAAAUCUUCCUCCGGCAGACCAUUUACGCCAAGACUGUGUACACCUUCAUGCAUCUCAGCUUUCAAGAGUUUUUCAUGGCGUUCUCUUGCUUUCUGUGCGGCAAAAAGAAGUCAAAGAAGAGAGUGAAAAAGCUGCUGAAAGAAAGCGCUGAAGGCAAUGACAAGCGUCUCCUCCAGUCGAUUGUGCCCUUCCUCUUUGGGCUCUCAAACAAAGAGGUAUCCAAACAGAGCCAGGCAAGGAAAUACAAACUCUCCAUCUCCAAGUCCACACGCUCCCACCUGCAGAAAUGGACUGAAAAAAUAAUCGAAGAACAAAACAGAAAUCCAUUGCUAAACAGAAUGAAAAUGACCAUAUUACAUUGUUUGCAUGAGAUGCAUGAUGACCAGUUUGUGAGAAGGGCAAUGGGCAAAUUCGAAUACGUUAAUCUGUCCGGCCAUCCGCUGGUGAAGACCGACUGCGGGGCGUUGUCAUAUUGCCUUCAGACCGGCAGCGCCCCCAAGAGCUUGGAUCUGCGUUACUGCAACUUAGCGGGAGAGGAGUUGAAAAUACUGCUGCCAGCACUUCACAGGUGUGAGGAGUCACGGCUGGGUGUGACUGACCUCAUAGACGCCAUUGUAGACGAUCUGUGCUCAGCCCUGAGGAGAGGAGGAAACCUGAAAGAAUUUCAUCUAGGGAAUCACAAGCUGACAGAUGAGGAUAUAGAGAAGGUGCUCUCUGCUCUUAGCGCACAAAACAAGCUCACAGAUGUAGAACUCACAGUUAACUCCAUCACAGAGAGAAGUGCUAACAGCUUAACUCACUUGAUUCUCAGCUCUAACAGCUUGCGCCGCAUAAAAGUGAAAGGGAACUGUGGAAAUAAUUGCCUUUAUCCUCGUCUGUCCAAACAAGCAACACAGCACAGAUACAUAGUAGCUGAGUUUGAAAGUUUAAAGGCAUCGGAAGUCCUUCUGCUCUGGGAGAACCUUAGAGACAAGGGUCUGAUAGAGUGCGCACCACAGGAUCAUAUUUUUUUGAAAUGGAGCAGGCUGCACAUUAAAACCCCUGAGGCUCAUCUCCCAAAUAAACAAGAGACUCUCACUGAAAUACAGCUGUAUUUUUAUGAAGAUGAACCUUUGACUGACUGGAGAUGCUUUUUACAGAGGUAUCAGUGUUUGGAAGAAUCACAUCAAAGUCAGGAAACCAGCCCCAUGUGGGAAGAGAAGAUGGAGGCAGUGCUCACCGCAUUACACACAGUGAGAUCUCUGAAACGGGCAGUACUGAGUAUGUCAUGGCUGACUGCGAGCUGUGCUACCAGUAUCAUCAGACUCAUUCAGAACUGCAGUCAUCUCAGCAGUGUUGAGGUUAGAGUGCAGGAUGGCCUAUUGCUGGAGGAGGGAUUUGCAGUGCUCCGUGAAGCCCAAUGGUCACAAACAUGCACGCUGACAGUUAGUGGGAGGAUAUGCAACAAACAGAUAGAUCAGUGCAGGGAUGAGGCAUCCAAGCUUCUCCACUGUAACUCGUACCACCAUCUGAUUCAUCGUGGGAAUUCACUUUCACAAAUACCACAGUAA